AUGGAGAAUGACACCACUGCAGGUUUAACUACAAAUGAACAAUCGGAAAUGGAAAGACUUUCAGUAUUAGAAGAUAGGGUCUGUCCUUUAUGUUCAUCUAAAAUUAAUUUCUUUUUUAUCAAUUACUUUGAAAAAUUUUUGAUGUGUGAGAACACCGAGUGCGAGUUUCCAUUUGGUUAUGAAGACUUACAGUUUGCCAAAGUGGAUAAUCCUGACAAUGAAACUGGGUCUAUAAGAACUAAACAAAGUUAUUCAUCACCUUCAUCUAUUUCUGGCAUCACAGUAUCUGACGUAGACCAGCUGUACCAAGCAUGUGAGUCUGAGAAUAAUAUGCCUGAUCAAGUACCUGUAUCUUUAAAUCGGCCAACUAGACCCCGUCAAAGCAAUAUACUUAAAAAUGUUGCCCCCCUCAAUAGCCUUCACUCAGAAAUUAUGAAAAUGAAUAGUCAGAUGAAGAUAAGCGAUCUCACAGAUAAGAAACUGAUUAAAAAUCUUUACAAGCUACAGAAUUGUACUGGAACACAGUUAUUGAAACCGCAAGAGUUGACUACCUUAAAACGGGGUGAAUGCCAAAAGCAAGCAGAAGUUAAAAUAGAUAUAAAUCGGAUGGAAAAUGACAUCUCUGUUAUAAAAAUUGAGUUGUUGAGUUCAGAGGUUAGUGAAGAUUAG